CCAGUUUGACAUCUCGGCUCGUGCUGCUGGCGAGAGACAUAAACACACAGAGCACCGCGAAUAUAUCCAUCAGCAGAAAGAAAACGUGUUUGUUGGAAAUCACUGAAAUUUUUGGAUGUUUGCUCGUUAUUCGUGCUAGAAUCGGUUUAAAAUGGAUAUAGUAAAGGAAGUUUUGGAGAAGCAGAAAAAGGAUUUGGAGAAAUAUAAACCCAUAACCGUACAAAAGCAUCUGGAAGCCGUAGUCGAUGAGGGGCACCUAAUGGUGACGGAUCCAAACUAUUUCGACGAUGAUAAGUUCAAAAGCGACCGAGAGCAAUACUUGCUGGACCUGACCAGGGACAAUACACAGCUGCUGAUCAACAGUAUAUGGGAGUUACCAACGGAAAGGGAAGAGGAAUCCGUAGUUGCAAAACUACCGGCAGCACGAAUGGUUCUGCCCCGUGCUCGGAAGUUGCCAGUGCCGAAACCACUCACCAAAUGGGAACAGAUUGCAAAGGCCAAGGGUAUUAAAAAGCGAACCCGCGACAAGAAGGUGUACGACGAGGUGCUGGACAAAUGGGUUCCAACCUACGGAUAUCAGCGGUUUAAGGCCGAAAAGGAGAAGGAUUGGAUCAUAGAGGUGCCACAGAAUGCCGACCCCAACAAGGACAUGUUUGCAGAGAAGCGAGAUUUGCGAAUCGAAAGGAUAGCCAAGAACGAGAUCUCCCGAAUGAGAAAUAUUGCGCGGGCCAAGAAGAUUCAGACGCCGCGCACUGGUUUCCUGGGACCGGAAUCUGCGUCGGCUAAAGAGCUCGUUACUGCGGCCAACAUAGCUAAGGCGUCCACCGCCUCGGUGGGCGUUUUCCAGGAGAAACUGUCCAACGAAAAACAAGCCCGAGGUAUUGGCGUUAAAGAACUGAUGCCAGGAAGGAAACGGAAGCGGGCACCGGUCACGAUUCCGGGCGAAAAGAAACGAAACUUGGAAAUUGUCAACAAGGUGCUGAACAAGAAGCCCAAGAUCGACGUCGAGAAAGCCAUUUCGAUGCAGAAAGCCGAAGCACGAGCAGAAAGGGAAGCAGCUGCCGAUGAGGAAGGAGGAAAGAAGAAAGGAAAAGGUAAGGGUAAGGGUAAGGGUAGCUUUGGACGGAAGAAGCCAAAAGGCGGACAAGGCAAGAGAAAUCACAGCAAACGAGCUGUCGGUCGCAAGAGACGUUAGGGUAUCGUUUAGAGUAUAAGGUAAGCAAAGGAUAAUUCAAUAUAGAUUAAACAGCAAUCA